GCUCCGGGGGCAUCCGCCGCUCGGCUCCGUCUGCGGCCCUCGUCCGCCUGUCCUGCGCCCUUCCUGCGGCCGCGCUGCCGAGCCCUCGCGCGUCGGCGAGGUCGACCAGCAGCAUGGCGGUGGAGGAAGAGGGGCUGCGGGUCUUCCAGAGCGUGAGGAUCAAGAUCGGUGAAGCCAAGAACCUUCCUUCCUACCCGGGGCCAAACAAAAUGCGGGACUGCUACUGCACGGUGAACCUGGACCAGGAGGAGGUUUUCCGGACCAAGAUUGUCGAGAAGUCGCUCUGCCCCUUUUAUGGAGAGGACUUUUACUGUGAAAUCCCUCGGAGUUUUCGUCACCUGUCCUUUUACAUUUUUGAUAGAGAUGUUUUCCGAAGGGAUUCCAUCAUAGGCAAGGUGGCCAUCCAGAAGGAGGACUUGCAGAGGUACCACAACAGGGACACAUGGUUCCAGCUCCAGCACGUGGAUGCGGACUCGGAGGUGCAGGGCAAGGUCCACCUGGAGCUGAGACUGAGUGAGGUCAUUACAGACACCGGCGUUGUCUGCCACAAACUUGCCGCACGCAUCUUCGAGUGCCAGGGCCUCCCCAUUGUGAAUGGGCAGUGUGACCCUUACGCCACAGUGACGUUGGCUGGACCCUUCAGGUCUGAAGCAAAGAAAACAAAGGUGAAGAAGAAAACCAACAAUCCCCAAUUUGAUGAGGUGUUUUACUUUGAGGUCACCAGACCCUGCAGCUACAGCAAGAAGUCCCACUUUGACUUUGAGGAGGAAGACGUAGACAAACUCGAAAUUCGAGUUGACCUCUGGAACGCCAGCAACCUGAAGUUUGGGGACGAGUUUCUUGGGGAGCUGAGGAUCCCUCUCAGGGUGCUUCGACACUCUAGCUCAUACGAAGCUUGGUACUUCCUCCAGCCCCGUGACAAUGGUGGUAAGAGCCUGAAGCCAGACGACCUGGGGUCACUGAGGCUGAACGUAGUUUAUACAGAAGACCAUGUCUUCUCCUCUGAGUACUACAGCCCACUGCGUGACCUGCUAUUGAAGUCUGCAGACGUGGAGCCUGUCUCCGCCUCAGCAGCUCACAUCCUGGGUGAGGUAUGCAGAGAUAAGCAAGAGGCAGCCAUUCCCCUGGUACGGCUCCUGCUGCACUAUGGCAGGGUAGUGCCGUUCAUCAGUGCCAUCGCCAGUGCAGAGGUGAAGAGGACCCAGGACCCCAACACCAUCUUCCGAGGAAACUCACUGACAUCUAAGUGCAUAGAUGAGACGAUGAAGCUGGCAGGCAUGCACUACCUCCAUGUGACCCUGAAGCCCACCAUUGAGGAGAUCUGCCAGAGCCACAAGUCCUGUGAAAUCGACCCCGUGAAGCUGAAAGAUGGUGAAAACCUUGAGAACAACAUGGAGAGCCUGAGGCAGUAUGUGGAUCGCAUCUUCACGGUCAUCACUAAGUCUGGCGUGAGCUGUCCCACCGUCAUGUGUGACAUCUUCUUUUCCCUGCGGGAGGCGGCUGCCAAGCGAUUCCAAGAUGACCUGGAUGUGAGGUACACUGCCGUGAGCAGCUUCAUCUUCCUGCGGUUCUUUGCUCCUGCCAUCCUGUCCCCGAACCUUUUCCAGCUGACACCCCACCACACGGAUCCACAGACUUCCAGAACCCUGACACUUAUCUCAAAAACGAUCCAGACUCUUGGCAGCUUGUCCAAGUCCAAGUCUGCCAGUUUUAAGGAGUCGUACAUGGCGACGUUCUAUGAAUUCUUCAAUGAGCAGAAGUACGCAGAUGCUGUGAAAAAUUUCCUGGACUUGAUCUCAUCCUCGGGGAGAAGGGACCCUAAGAGCAUAGAGCAGCCCAUCCUGCUUAAAGAAGGCUUCAUGAUUAAGCGGGCCCAAGGAAGGAAACGAUUUGGAAUGAAGAAUUUUAAAAAGAGGUGGUUUCGCCUGACGAACCACGAGUUCACCUACCAGAAAAGCAAAGGUGACCAGCCACUCUGCAACAUCCCGAUCGAGAACAUCUUGGCCGUGGAGAGGCUAGAGGAGGAGUCCUUCCGAAUGAAAAAUAUGUUCCAGGUCAUCCAGCCGGAGCGUGCACUGUAUAUCCAGGCCAACAACUGUGUGGAGGCCAAGGACUGGAUUGACAUCCUCACCAAAGUGAGUCAGUGCAACCAGAAGCGCCUCACCGUGUACCACCCGUCUGCCUACCUGAAUGGCCACUGGCUCUGCUGCAGGGCCUCCUCAGACUCAGCGGCUGGCUGUACUCCCUGCACUGGUGGGCUCCCAGCAAACAUCCAGCUGGACAUUGAUGGGGACCGUGAGACAGAGCGCAUCUACUCUCUCUUUAACCUGUACAUGGGCAAGCUGGAAAAGAUGCAGGAGGCCUGUGGCAGCAAGUCUGUGUACGACGGCCCUGAGCAGGAGGAAUACUCGACUUUCAUCAUCGACGACCCCCAGGAGACCUACAAGACGCUGAAGCAGGUCAUCGCUGGGGUGGGGACCCUUGAACAGGAGCACGCACAGUACAGGAGGGACAAGUUCAAGAAGACGAGAUACGGGAGCCAGGAGCACCCCAUCGGAGACAAGAGCUGCUUCCAGAACUACAUCAGGCAGCAGUCUGAGAUCUCCACCCAUUCCAUUUAAGGCCGAGCACCUCCCAGAACAGUGCCGCUGAGCCACCCCGGGAAACCAGCCACCUUCAAAAGCAGAUAAAGGAACACAGAAGAUAUACACGGAGGGGAACCACGUUUGCCUGCUCACGUGGGUCCUGCCACACUGGUGGGGCCGCUGCGAGCCAAGCAAGCUCUUCCCUGGCAGGAACUGUUGCCUGGGCUAUGCGCUCCCCUUGGCUGCCAGCACAGGUGGUCUGAGCCAUUCUGGAAUGUAUGAUCAUUUGUCUUUUUACUACUUUGGUUUUACGGGGAUCCAGGGAUCUGUUAAAUAUUAGGGAAGUGUGGACUUUGUUGAAACCUGUUUCCACGUAGCGCAACCCCUCUUCAGAGAGGCCCAGCUAGUCCACUUUCGGCAAUGUGCGCCUUCUGCAGUGGGCCCUGUCUCUUGUUCUUUGCCUGCUGAUCUCUGUGGCUCUACUCAUGUAGCAGUCUGGUCCUAGCCCUAGACAUUCUACUUAAUCCUGUCAUUCUACUUAGUCCCUGUCUGGGAUGUUAGAAGCAGUAUUUUCCUGGCAGCCAGCAGGCAGGCAGCCUUUCUCCUCAGCUUUGUUGGUUUGCUCCUGGCGAAAGGGUUGUUUUGUGGCUGGAAUAGACAGGAUGGUGCUGGAAGCCUUUGACUUUGGGGACAUGGGGUCCCUUUUUCAGCGUCCCUGGAGAGGGAGGGCUAUGAGCCCAGCCUUCUCUGGGUGACCGUCACCCUCAGUUUGAACACAGGUCUGGAUUCCAGGUGAGGUUUUAAACUAGAGUCCACAUGAAAGUUUGGGAAAGAUUUUUAAAAUGUGCAUUUUUCAAGCUGUUUUUCUUAAUGUUCUUAAAGGGUUGUUUUUAAAAAGCAUUUUGAUAUAAGACAGUUUGGAACAUUAACACCUAUAUGCAUUAAAGGGGAUGGCACAGGGAAAUCCAAAGGGAACAGUAUUUGAUUCCUCACGAAGCCAAAGGGUCCUCAGGGCUGGAGCCCUGGGCUGGAGGCUGCACCGUCAGCAGUAAAGGCCAAACAUGGUCAUUUCCAACGCCCAUGUUCCUGAGCCCAGCAGGCUGCGCGUGGCAGUGUUGGGAGCCAUUUUGAUCGGGCUGGGAGAGUGCUGAAACAGACAAGACAGACUGCCUCGGCUGUGCCCCACAGUGCUGCUGGAGCCCCAUCCCAAACCGAAUCUCCACGAGAGGCGCUCUGUGGGCAGAUGCUGCUUCAGGACAGAACCGUCCAUCCCGGUACCAGCUUCUCCUCGUUCUUGUUGGGAAGUUUACUCUGCGUCUAGAAAAAACAUGAUAGUAGUAUUGGUUGUCACAGAAGUGGAGGAUAAAAAACAAACAAACAAAAAUUUGGACACAGCAGUGAGGCUGCACUGAACUUAUUUUUAACAUGGGUUUGUAACUUAAUGUCUCUGUUUAUAAGAUACUAACGAUUUGCAAUGUAUUUUACUGGUCAAUUAAAACAGAUGUUUUAUUCUUUCUGAGGAGUGGUUUGGCUUUCCACAAGGGGCUCACAUGAAGAGGCUCCCUACAGAGAGGGGUGGCAGAUAAAGGCUGAUAGCAUCGUUGUCAGACCAGAUAGGUGGUGUCUCUGAUGACAUGUGGCAUUUCUGAUAGCAUGUGAAGUCUCUAACACAUGUAUGUCCGUGAAUGACGUUGUAUGACAACCUGGCUUUAUGGUGCCCUCAAAAGCGGUACGGCAUUAGGCACCCCUAGGAGGUCCCAUGUACUGGGAGACAGCUAGGGGAGGAGGGAAGCCAAAUCUUUCCCAUGUCUCCAAGGUUGCAGUGGGCAGCCGUCAGAGCAAAAGUCUGUAGAGAGAACAAGCAGGGGCCUUUGGGAGAGCCGGAGAGUGAUGGGACAGGGUGUGGCCCUUCCCUUGAAGGAGGGACACCACCAUCGCAGCACCUAAUCCCCGUAUCCCUCUCUCCUCCAUUUGGUUUUCACUCAUUUCUCUUCCCUUUUACUUCCAUUUUGAGUCUGGACCAUUAGAAGAAAAGUCUGGAGAACACUUAGUUGACAGUUCUCUGGGAACUUUCUGGGGCCAAGAACUCAGGGCAAAAGGCUUCUCAGGACGGGGAGGCUGGCGUGGGUCUCUGGUCAGCCUUCUCUGGCCACAGAAGAAUGUGGAGUGGAGCAAGGAUGGGCUGGCCCUGCUCCUUGGCCCCUUGUCUGCCAGUGAGCUCUUAGGAGUGGAUCUCAGAGUGUCUGUCCUCUCUCCCCAACUCCACACAAUGUCUGUCCUCCCCCCCUCCCUCCACACAAUGCCCUCACCACUCUUCUCAUCCAGAUAGAAAACAACAACAACAUUAUUUUGCUACUUCAGGCUUCAUUCCUUAUGAACCUUUUUUUUUUUUAGUUUGCUUCUUAUUCCAUGACCAACAGCAGCUUGGGGAUUUGGUCACUGGGAAGGCAAGGUAGAAACUCAGGUGGGGGCGGGGGCAGGGACAGAGAGCUGCUGAGCUGUGCACUGCCUGGAAGAAUGUGAUCUGCCAAGCCCUUUGGAGCCCAGAAAAUCGUAUGUGAGUCCUAGAUUUCAGGCCCUAAGCUAUUUAAUUUUGCUUUUGCUUUGUUUUAAUUGUAACUAGGCUGGUUCUUCCAUCUUGGAAUUAAAAAAAAAAAAAAUACGUAAGUUAUUUACUUUACAAGAGCCUCCAGUUGAGAGACUUCGGAUUUUUAAAGAGAUGUUGGACUUUUAAAGAGAACUUGAACUUUUAAAUUAUUGGAAUUGUUAAAAGACUGUGGGGCUUUGAAAAGCUAAGCUGUGUUUUCUACUGUGAUAUUAACACGACAUCUUGGGGACAAACAACAAAGGGAAAUUUAUGGUUUAAUGCCGAUGUAUUUGUGUCAAGCUGACAAAACCUAACCAGCACAGGUCCCAUGCCAGGAAAAUAAAUUUAUAUAAAUUUCUUCCUGCUGAAUAUACCUUGGGUCAGUUUAAUUCUCCGGCCCAACCAAAAGCCCUGGAGAGUAAGAACGCCCCUCCCCCAGCUGUAGUUGGCUGUGCACUGGAGCAGUGAACCAGGGAUCCUCUGUGAGGCUGGGUAGGUGGAGUUGUGCCCUAACACCAAAACCCUCAGGCAUGACGGUGUCUGAGAAGGGUGUCUUGGGAAGUUGUGAAAGUGAAAUAAGGUCCCUAGUGUGAAUCAAAGUUCCUAGAAAGAAUGACACAGGCACUUCUGACAGCCUCCUGCAAGGCUGAUUAACUGAUGACUUCCGUGAGGGUAGAGAAGUUGGGAUGUUGCAGGUCCCAAGCCUAAUUACAAUUUCUC